AAAUAUUUUGCCUCUUUUCCAGCGGACGGUCGGUCGAGCAGCAUGGGGUACAUCUGGAAGCUCAUCAUGUCCAGCCUCCUCUCGGUGAACGCGCUCGCGAUCCUCCAUGAGAAGCGCUUCCUCCGGCGCUAUGGCUACGACCAGCUCGAAGCCUCGAGCGGCGGCAGCCCGUCCAUGAAGAACCAGGUCGUCGGCUUCCUCGUCGCCGUGCAGUACCUCCGCAUGCCCCUUGUCGUCAUCAACAUCGUCGCCAUCUUCCUCGAACUGCUCAUGGGCUAGGCCCGAUGCUUAGACUCUCGAUGAUGAUGAUCAAUGUAACCCUCCUGCAUGUAUUCGC